AUGGAAACGAUGUAAAAAAUCUAAACUCAAAUAUCUUAAAUGGAUCAAUAAAAGUCCUUAAAGCUAAAUGAAUGGGAAUCAAUAGAUACAGAUUUGAAUGAAUAACCUAUUAUACAAGAAUAGGAUUAAUUUCUAUCAAUUUUAAGGCAACAUAAGUUUGUCAUUGGUAUUUCUAAACCAUUAGAAACAAGAGUUGGAUUAAACUCAAUAUAAAAAAAUAAAAUCACUAUCAAAGGUCGAUUAGGGAUUCAGACUAAGCUCUUUUGA